AUGCGGGACAAAGGUUGCUACGAUUUGCUAAUUGCAAACCACAUCAGCAACAACGCCUCGAACAACCUCGUCCACUACAUCACAUGCUACGUUUUAUACAACUUCGCCAACAAUCUCAGCGACUUGGACUGCAACUGCAUCAACAUCUACGUCGCCUAUGACGUCAGUAACAACAAGGGCAACAACGUCGCCAACUAUGUCGACAAAUACGUCAGUCAAUACAGCCACCACAACUUCGCCAACUAUGUCGACAAAAACGUCAGUCAAUACAGCCACCACAACUUCGCCAACUAUGUCGACAAAUACGUCAGUCAAUACAGCCACCACAACUUCGCCAACUAUGUCGACAAAUACGUCAGUCAAUACAGCCACCACAACUUCGCCAACUAUGUCGACAAAUACGUCAGUCAAUACAGCCACCAUAACUUCGCCAACUAUGUCGACAAAUACGUCAGUCAAUACAGCCACCACAACUUCGCCAACUAUGUCGACAAAUACGUCAGUCAAUACAGCCACCACAACUUCGCCAACUAUGUCGACAAAUACGUCAGUCAAUACAGCCACCACAACUUCGCCAACUAUGUCGACAAAUACGUCAGUCAAUACAGCCACCACAACUUCGCCAACUAUGUCGACAAAUACGUCAGUCAAUACAGCCACCACAACUUCGCCAACUAUGUCGACAAAUACGUCAGUCAAUACAGCCACCACAACUUCGCCAACUAUGUCGACAAAUACGUCAGUCAAUACAGCCACCACAACUUCGCCAACUAUGUCGACAAAUACGUCAGUCAAUACAGCCACCACAACUUCGCCAACUAUGUCGACAAAUACGUCAGUCAAUACAGCCACCACAACUUAGCAAACGGUAGCGGUAAAAUGUCUCCAAGAACACUUUCCAACACGAAACCUACAACUCCUCCAACAACCUCGACCUUGACUGCAGCGACUACGUCUGCUACUUCAUACUCCUACAGCAACCAUGUUGGCCUUGACAACUACAUCGGCUUGUUCGCCAUCAACAACCUUGACCUUGGCUUCAGCGACCACGACUGCAACGACGUCUACUAUCACCUCCGCUUCUAA